AUGCCAUGUACUCAAUCGCCAUACAAGGACUAUCAUUAUGAAGAGCGUCGCGUUGGCUCUUCGGUCGAAUUCACUGUCAAAAAUCUGUCAAAAACGCGCGCCAAAAUAAUCACCACAUAUGCCACAUGUCUAUUAAACAAGGUCGUCGUGGUCUUGCUGAUGCUGGCAACAACAAGUAUCUGGCUGGAGGAACACAAACCUGCCUACCAAUAUGUGGGCGAGUCGACCCUUUCAAAGAUCGCGACAGCCUAUCCUCAAUGGUUGCUCGGGUUUCUUCGAAACAAAACACCAACCAUCGCACUCUUGUCUUUGUGGGUCCUGGCUAUAAUGGCACUCAUGAAACGUCCAUAUAAGAUUGAGUCCUUGUUUGUGGUCCACGGAAUUGGCCUGCAAGUGUAUUCGUCGGGUGGCUACUAUUUCAUGGGUCAGACGACGUUCCUGAACCUCGAUAGCAUCAUCGAUCUCGUGAUUCACGAAGGGUUCAAGGGGUUGGAGGUGAUAUUCUUUAUGACCAUUCUCGUUAAAGACAAGGACCGAACUGUGGUCAUAUUCCCCGAUUUGCUCCCUCGGCGGGAGCUCCUGGAGAGAGUCUGGAGAGAAAGUCGAACAUGCUUGUAUUCUGACCAGCCUGAACGGUUCCGCAAACCUGAAUUGAAGUAG